CCCCGCCCUCCUACAGCCUCCUGCGUCCCCGUCUGCUCUGCUCUACACACCCUGCACGUCUUCCAAGUCUCUUGCCGCCAGCGCGCCCUUCCCAUCGCCUACAGCAUCUCCAAACGCGUCUGCAUACGGCACCCUCGCCCGUACUUGCUAGCUGCAAGCAGUCCGAGCACAGCGAGCCGCUCUGUCUGACGAGUUCGCCCGAUCGCGCACGGACACAGAUACGAUCCUCGGAACGCCCUGACAUGGGCUGUUAAACGCUGUGCUCACCGCAAUGUCGACCCCCGACCUCCACUCUCUGGCUGAUUCGUUCGCUGCGGGCGAGGACUUUGACGGCUCGCUCGCCUCCACCCUCACCCUCCCUGGCUCGGCGCCGUCCAUGUCUGCCACCACGCUCGCGGCUGCAUCGCGCUCGCAGGACGCGCGUGACUUCAGGUCGCGCGCAUCGACGUCCGCAUCGCGCGAGCCCUCCCCGCCCACCGCCGGUCCAAGUUCAAGUCAAAGUCUCUCUCCGCGCACCACGAUCAAGCCGCAAGAUUUGUUCAGCUCUACGACCGCACGCCUAGAUGACGACCUCCCUCUUGACAUCCCUCUCCCGCAAGAGCCUGCCGAUCUGUUCAUAGCUCCUGAUGGAAGCUAUCUUGAGACCUCGUCCGGCUCCGCCGCGCACGAUCUGAAGAAAACCUAUGACAAGUACCUCCGCGUGGGCAAAGACGUCCGCUCGCCAUUCGCUAUCACUGCCUUCAUCAACCAGCAUGGGAAACAGAUGUACCGUGUAGGGCUCCGACAACUAGAGGCACCCGGUGUACUCGCCGCAGGUGCAGAGCACCGGAACACGUCCCUCCUUACCUCGCCUAGCAACAGCUUCCAAUCUUCCCACCCAUACCCCCGCAAACUAAGCAACGGCGGCCCGUCUAACAUCCCACCUGCCCUUCCGACUGAUGGGAGCCGCUCCCCGCCGGUCCGCAAGCUUCGGAAGACACGAUCCAUUCCGAACGCGAUCGGCGCGAGGACAGAUGCAUCAACGGGCGAGGAUCCGCCUCCGACGCCCACCGGCCGCCCCCAUGCGCAUAGCGUGUCGAGCGCAGAUGCGUUCCGCUCGUCGCUCUCAGUGUCAGAUGCUUCUACAAAGACCCUGCCGAGAGACAUCUUCGCGGAUGUCAUGUGCUGGAACAACAUACCGGUUUCCCCUAUGGGAUCUGGCUCCGCGUGGAUGUCUACAAGGAGUCUCCCUCAGGAUCACGGCGCGACGUUGAAUGGCGAAUCAUCUGUACCUGACAUCAUCAUUCAACCCUUCGGUCCCGGUGUAACGUUCGAUUCCCCGAGCUGGCGCUCCUCGACUCAAUUCAUACAACCUGUACUGCGCGAGAUGCAGUCAUUCGAAUCCGGAUUGACAGCCCGUGCUGAUCCUGCCCCCAAGACUCUCCAGAACGGAGGGUCACGCGUCCAUCUACCAACGGACGGCCCACCGAUGCCCGACUCGGCGUCCGCUAUCCACGUCGAUCCCUCCUCUUCCUCAUCCACAUCAACCCCUACCCAUCGGCGCGACUCGACGAUCCUCGAGGAGACGAAUAUGCACUCGCGGUACUCCACCGAGGUCUUCGACAUCCUUCAGAACUCGCGCGGGCUGCCCGCGCUGGACCGCCUCUCGUCCACGUCGCAGGAAACGACGAUCAAGCUCUCGCUCAAGGCGGAGGAGAGCGCUGCGCCGCGGGACGACCCGCGUUUUGUCAUCUGGGGCGAGGUCGAGCCGGAGGACUCCGAAGAGGUGUCUGUAUCCGCGAGUCAGGCGACAGAUGCGUCCGCGUCCUCGGGGCGCUCGGGCAUCUCGAGGCGGAGGAGCACGAAGGGGAAGAGCAUCUCGAAGCCAGAGGAGGUCCUCAGCCCGCCGGUCUCGCCGAAGGAGGGCCCGAUGAAGAUGCUCCUUGCGGCGACGAUAGAACGUUGGAUCGCGCAGAUCACGAGCGAGCUGAACUACGACGAGCUCAUUGUGUUCCUGCUGACCUACCGAACCUACGUGUCCGCGCUGGAUCUCGGUCAUCUGCUGAUCUGUAGGUUCCACUGGGCUCUCGGCGAGCCGACUAGUCAGCGCGACGAGAUCGCGCGCCGGGUCGUGCGCGUGAGGACGUUCAUUGCCAUACGGCAGUGGGUGGUGGCGUUCUUUGACGCGGACUUCCUACCCAAUCGUGAUCUGCGGCUGUUGUAUGCCAACUGGCUGAACACGUUAAGGAGGGACCCAAUACUGGAUAGAUACAAGGAUGCCUUGAAAAUCGUCCGGCAAGUGCGCAAGGUAUUCCGCGAAUGUGCGGAUCGUUACUUCCGCCGAGGUACAAGACAGGCUGGCCGCACGUCAGAGUACCGCCAUCGCGUACCCGACUUCGGCGCCCAGAAGGACGUCCCUGGCGGCCAACUUGGUGCGGACGACCCCGACCUAGACCUGGACUUCGAGAACAGUUACUCUGUCGCUGAACGUGGCAGUGCGAACACGUCGCCGAAGUCCAAAGAACCUGGCCCGGUAGAUCUGCUGUCGCUGCGGCAGCCAUUACACCUCGCUUUGUUCCAGUAUGGAAGGAAGAGCAGUGUUGGGCCUCCGGCGGCUGGUGCGCCUCACCCCAUCUUGAUGCCCCUUCCGCACAGUCCAUUCUCGCGAGCGUUCGUCAAUACGAUCGGGCGACUCGGGCGGUGGAAGCGAGUCUUAAACCACCGCAAUCAUGGGCGGUCAGCUGUCAAUGCUUGCCUGGACGUCUCUGCCUUCGACGUAGAGGCCAGUGAGACAGGCGACCUUCUCCUGGUGCGUGGUGGUGUCGAGCAGUACCUCAAGAUGGUCGAAUCCCAGAUGUCCGAAGUCGGCAUCAUCAGCCAGGGUCAGCAGUCUGUAGGCACUGGCACCACAGCCAGUGCUGGUACCAGCCGGAAUGUUAGCCCGGCGAGCUACCGUGCGCCCUUCCAUCCGCCUGGUCUUGGUUUCCAACGGAGGUCGAUGGAUUCAGAACAUCGGCCAUCAGUUGCAUCAGACCCGCGCUCGAGUUCUGAUUCGAGCACAACUGCAGAUCAACUCGAAGUGCCCUCUCCGUCCGACGCGAGCGACACGACACCGCGCUACUCAUCCUUCUCCUCUGCAUACACUGACACCCUCGACUCUCCGCGGACACCUCAGCCUCCCUACGGCAUACCUUCAUUUGCCGCUCGACAGCUAGACAUCGUCUCAAUUGACGACCUCGACCUUGAUGACCUUUCCUCCGACGAGAACUUCUCGCAGCAUGUAGGCAUGAAGAAGCCUUCGCGUCGACUGCCUACGCGGCGAGACUUUGAAUUUGUCCGGCACUCGACCGACAGCGUCUCCUCCAUGGGCAUCCAAGCGCGAGAGUCAGUGCUCUCCAGCACGUCGUAUAUGUCCGGCGCAUCAAGCACAUCUGCCAGCCCCGAAGCAGAGGCAGAGAACAUGGGUGGGCCGAUUCAGGCAUGGCAGAUGAGUGCACUGGUCGACUCGCUCACUGAUGAUGGAGAAGACGGCGAUGUCGAGGCGGCGCUCCGUCGGUUGGAAGGCCAGAUCAACGAAGAGAAGCAGCGCGCGAAGCAAAGCAAGGUCGAUCGCUGGGUGCGCUCAAUUCAGGAGCGUCAGUUGGGGGGCACUCAGCUCCCGCCUGAGCCGGAGCCACUGAGCGACUCGGACGAUGAAGACUACGGCCAGGUCUCACAACGGCGUCCCGUCGAUUAUCCUCGGGAGCGAGACUCGCCCUCUCGCGCUUCAACAACGCGUUUGAGUGAUGGCAGCUCGUUGGGCUCGCCAGUGCCGUUCGCGCCACCAGGGCUCACUCCUGAUGAGGCGACGACGCCCUCUGCAGAAGAGGCUCCCGAGCUCCCCGCUCCUGAACACAUCGCUGACGGACACUCGGACACUGCUAAGCCACAUGUCGAGGACGCUGUACCGCUGGAGAUCCUGUGGUCGCGCGUUGACCACUCCACUCCAGCCCAGAACGCAACUCAUUCGUCCAUCAAUGGCUCCCCACCCGUCCCUCAUCCUUCCGCCACCGCGCUCCCGGCACCCGGCUCACCCACCGCACUGAUGUACCCGGCGCAUGUGAAGCGCCACCAGUCGUUCGUGCUCGGCUACCGCAGCGAGACGUUGAUGCAGCACUUCUGCAUGAUCGACCGGGAGCUGUUCCUCGCGCUCCGGUUCGAGGAGCUCAUCGCACCUUCGCUCGCGGCGCACGACCCACAGGCUAACUUCAACAUCCUUGACUGGUCUCAGUUCCUGCGGGAGCGUGCGCGGUUGAAGGCGGAGGGACGCGUGGGGGCGCAGACGGGCACGCUGACGGUCGUCCGCGGACGGUUCAACCUCAUCGCGAACUUUGUCCUGAGUGAGAUCGUGCUGACGCACCCGAGCGAGCGGAUGCGGGUUUACACGAAGUUCAUUCGGCUAGCCUGGAAAGCGUACGAGCUCAAGAACUACAACGCGCUCGUGGCAUUCAUCGCAGGGCUACGCUCGUCGUGGGUGUCCAAGGCGAUCGCGCAGUGUCACGAUAGGCUGCGGGCGAAGGAUGAACGAAUCCUUCAUGACCUGACAAGCUGGACGUCACGGCAGGGACACUUCAUGUACAUCCGGCAGACGGUCGAAGCCCUUACGGAGGCGAAACCUCUCGAGCAGGGGCAGGACAUGCCGCAGAGCGACGCGCAGAGUGCUCGUGGGCGCGCGAUGAGCGACGCCAAGGGUGGGCCAGUCGCCGCGCCCGCGUGCGUACCUUUCUUCGGCGUGUACCUCUCGCAGUUGGAGCGCUAUACCCCGCUGCCGGACCUGAUCGAUCCAACGGCGCCGCACACACCAGUGUCGAUCGACCCACUGACGAACACGUUCGAGGCGCCGUCCCACCCCGAGGUGUUCUCCACGCUAUCGCCCCUCCCGCCUUCAAUCCAGCUCGAACCGCUGAUCAGCGUACACAAGCAACGGCUCGUUGCAGGUGUCGUGCGUAGCUUUGUCGCGGCGCAGCACCUCGCGAGCCGCGUGGCGUACCCGCUGGACAAGAAGAUCUUCCAGCGAUGCUUGAAGUUGCGUGGGCUCGACGCGGAGGUGCUGGAGCGUGCGCUGGCGCUGUAUGCACCGCAGGGUGCGGGCGCGGCUCAGAGCCAGGGCGGACACGGCGUGCGGUCAAGCGUGGCGCGGUAGUCUCAGGACUCCCUGUCGCGCUGCCCACGAUUCGCGUGUCACUUGCUGUCGAUCAUGCCUCUCACGAUCUCCGUUUUGUUCAUGAUGCCAUGCUUCUGCUCCGUUCUCAGUCAAUGUUGUACUGCUGCUGCUGCUCUCGCCCGCCCUCAGAUUCCUCCGAUCAUCACCCAUACAUGAUACACUCAUCCGCAUGUUAUCACAGUUUGACGUAUCCAGGUCACAUGUCCUCUUCUUUCGCUGCAUUUAGGUUUAGGUGGUAUAGGUGUAUAGGUGGUGUGGUUCAGGCUCGUGUGUAGGGGGGCCAAUGCGUCCCGGCGGAUAUGAUGAUAGAAUUCAAAGGAUGUGCCUUUUUCUUCGGGUGUUUUGGGGAGCUACAAUGCAUGCGAGCUUGUCCGGUAUCCGCUCACGGAC